UUCCAUUUCUCAAAAAAUCCUACCCGCAAUUUUCUCCAUUUCUCUUGUUUUCUUGUUCAGGCUGGACUGCAAUUCACUGUAUGCUAACGUGCAGAAAACUACAAGAUUAACCAAAACCAACCUUGGCUUUAGGAUCAAGAAUCCUUGAAAUGACUUACCUAUUAAAAAAAAAAUCCAUGAUUCCUCGUAUCUUCUUUUUCUUGCUUUAUUUUAAUAGAAUAUAGCUGGUUCUUCUGUACCAGUAUCGUGGGGAACCACCCGACAGGCAACAGAAUAUCCAGCAUAUGAUUGAGUGGCAAAAGGCAACCCUGCCCUCUCUCACAACCUGGGCAUUAAGCGAGAUUCAGUUUCAACAGUGAUACUCCCUCAGGCAAGAAGAGGGUCCAAGAAGAGCAAAUGGAAGAUCCUUUAGAUCAUAAAGGGAAAAUCAAAGAGCCGCUCUUGAGCAGCAGUACUACUAAGGGUGGCUUAAGAGCCUUGAUAUUUAUCAUAGUAAAUGAGGCAUUUGAGAGGCUGGCAAAUUAUGGGCUUUCGACAAACCUGAUAUUGUAUUUGACAAGAGAGUAUGGUAUUGAUGCUGUCAAUGGUGCACAAAUACUCUACCUUCAUUCAGCUGCCACGAGUUUUACGCCAUUCAUCGGUGCUUUUCUUGCGGAUACCUAUGUGGGACGGUAUUUCAUGAUCGGCUUUGGAUGUAUUGCUUGCCUUCUGGGCGUGAUUCUACUAUGGUUAACAACUAUAAUUCCAGGAACAAGACCACCUCCUUGUGUCCAAUUUCAUGACAGUUGCGAAUCCGCAUCGACAUUGCAGCUUCUGCUUUUAUAUUCUUCUUUAGGUCUCAUGGCCAUUGGAGCUGGCGGCAUAAGAUCAUCGUCCUUGGCCUUUGGUGCUGAGCAGUUGGGCAAGAGGGACACCCUCAAACGUGCUGGAAUAUUAGAGAGCUUCUUCCGCUGGUACUAUGCGACAGUCUCGGUUGCGUUGUUCCUUGCCAUGACCUGUAUUUUAUACAUUCAAGAUAACAUGGGGUGGAAGGUGGGUUUUGGAAUUCCUGUGGUGCUCAUGAUCCUGUCAACUCUUUCAUUCUUCUUAGCUUCUCCCAUUUAUGUCAAGUCAAAGGCUAAGGCAGGCUGGCUGGAUGGAUUUGCUCGAGUUUUGGUGGCAUCCUUUAGAAAUAGAAGUAUCAAAUUAUCAUCCCAAGUCAAAGAUGAUGUGUAUCAUCAUAGGAAAGGAUCAAGACUUCUCGUCCCAUCUGAAAAAUUAAGGUUUCUAAACAAAGCUUGCGUCAUUAGAAAUCCUAAAGAAGACUUGAUCCCAGAUGGAAGAGCUUCAAAUCCAUGGAGUCUUUGUACAGUAGAUGAAGUAGAAGAGCUUAAAUCACUGAUCAAGGUAAUCCCAAUAUGGUCCACAGGGGUCUUGAUGUCUAUAAAUGUACUCCAACACUCUUUUAUAGUCCUCCAGGCAUCUACUAUGGACCGGCACAUUACUUCAAAAUUUCAAGUUCCUGCUGGCUCCUUCACUGCAUUUCAGUUAUUUUCUUCGGUAAUAUGGAUUGCUCUCUAUGAUCGUGUAGCCAUCCCUCUAGCAUCAAAAAUCAGGGGAAAACCAACUCGUCUCGGCUUAAAACAAAGAAUAGGAAUUGGCAUCCUAUCAUCCUCUGCUGCCAUGGCAGCAUUGGCAAUUAUAGAGAGUGUUCGGCGAAAAACUGCGAUCAAAGAAGGAUUUUCUGAUGACCCUAAUUCCGUUCUGCACAUUUCAGCAUUGUGGUUAUUGCUAUACUUUUUCAUAACCGGAUUUGCUGAGGCUUUCUGUGGUAUUGGACAGAAUGAGUUCUUCUAUACUGAAUUGCCCAAGAGCAUGUCUAGUGUAGCCUCCAAUCUGUUCGAGAUGGGACUGUCAGUUUCAAACUUGAUAGCGAGUUUGCUAGUAACUAUUGUCCGCAACUUCUUCAAGGGAAACGAUCAGGAGAGUUGGCUUUCAAGCAACAUCAACAAGGGACAUUACGAUUACUAUUAUUGGCUUCUUGCUGGUUUGAGUUUGGCUAACUUCAUAUAUUAUCGUGCUUGUAGCAAGGCAUAUGGUCCUUGCAAGGGACAAGAAGGCAAUGCUACUGAUGGAGGGGAAGCCUUGACAGAUGAGGAUUAGUGGUUAAAAAUUACGGAAUUGUGUUAGAUUCCAUGUAUGGUUUAUAGCUGGAUCUUCAUCUUUGUCCAUGAUAGCCACAUUGCAAUGAUUGGAAGGAAAUUCAAAGGUCUUGAAUAAACAGCUAUGUCUAUUUUAUGAAUAUUCCAAUACUUGAUUAUUUUCAUUUA